UUUACUAUAAAAACCCACGUACUGUCUCUUCAAAAAUAUCAUCACAGUCAAAUUUACUCCUAUAAACUGCCAUUAAAGAAUUACAUAAUACCAGAGAAAAAAGAGAAGGAUGGGUUUGGGAAAUGCCAGAGCCCUUGUGUUUCUUGUAGCCAUGUCCAUGUUUGGCAUUGGAAUGGCCAACAAGAAUUUCAGUGGAGAUUGGAAUUACACUACAGGUUGGCCUUAUGGACACUGGAAUCCAACUCAAUCUUCGAAAAGAAUAAUUGUUGGUGGCUCUGAGAAUUGGCGUUUUGGGUUUAAUUAUACUGAUUGGGCUAUCAGAAAUGGCCCCUUUUUCAUAAACGACAAGCUCGUAUUCAAGUUUGAUCCUCCGAACGACACCACACACCCUCACAGUGUAUAUCUGCUGUCAAAUUUCUGGAGUUUCCAGAACUGUGAUUUUAGAAGAGCAAAGGUGAUUGCACAAGUGACACAAGGAGGAGGAGAAGGAUUUGAAUUUGUGCUUAAGAGAUGGCAGCCUUAUUAUUUUGCAUGUGGCGAACGCAAGGGGCUUCAUUGCAACAAUGGGAUGAUGAAAUUUGCCGUUUGGCCAUUGUUCCGUUGGUAUUAGCGGCUCAAAAUUGUAUGCACACAUACAAAAAAUUUUCUUGAAACUUUGUAUUGCUAGACUUUAAUAAUCAACCUUUAUGAAUCUAUAUACAUUGAAACCUUUUCUUUA